CCGAGGAUUGGCAAAAUCACCUUUUUAAAAAUCUGUAUAAAUGUGGCACAUUCUGCUUUACUCUGGGCGAGGUGAUUCAUUUGGGUCUUUUGGGAGUGCCCCAAAAGUUUAAACAACAAACAAAACUUCCCUGUACCUCAUCUGACUUGAAUCUCUUGCCAAUGCAGUCAUCUUGUGUGAUGUUCUUUUCCAAAUUUCACCUGAUGGUUUGAACUUCUUGUCCUGGAAGCUGUGCAUCACCAUAAUGAGGCUUGUAAUUCUUGAUAACUAUGACUUGGCUAGUGAAUGGGCCGCCAAAUACAUCUGUAAUCGCAUCAUUCAGUUCAAACCUGGAAAGGAAAGAUAUUUUACACUGGGUUUACCAACAGGGAGCACACCAUUAGGAUGUUAUAAAAAACUAAUAGAAUAUCACAAGAAUGGAGACCUUUCUUUUAAAUAUGUGAAGACCUUUAACAUGGAUGAAUAUGUAGGACUUCCCAGACAUCAUCCUGAAAGCUACCAUUCUUAUAUGUGGAAUAACUUUUUUAAGCAUAUUGAUAUAGAUCCUAAUAAUGCUCAUAUCCUUGAUGGGAAUGCUGAAGAUUUACAAGCAGAAUGUGAUGCAUUUGAAAGUAAAAUAAAAGAAGCUGGAGGAAUUGAUCUUUUUGUUGGAGGAAUUGGUCCAGAUGGUCAUAUCGCUUUCAAUGAGCCAGGAUCCAGUUUAGUAUCAAGGACAAGAUUAAAGACUCUAGCAAUGGACACCAUUUUGGCAAAUGCUAAAUAUUUUGAUGGAGAUUUAUCAAAGGUGCCAACUAUGGCUCUAACAGUUGGUGUGGGGACAGUGAUGGAUGCUAGAGAAGUCAUGAUCCUCAUCACAGGCGCACACAAGGCAUUUGCUCUCUACAAAGCGAUAGAAGAAGGCGUCAAUCACAUGUGGACUGUCUCAGCUUUCCAGCAGCACCCCCAAACUAUUUUUGUGUGUGACGAAGACGCUACCUUAGAAUUAAGAGUUAAAACUGUGAAAUACUUUAAAGGUUUAAUGCAUGUGCACAAUAAACUUGUGGAUCCACUAUACAGUAUGAAAGAAGGAAACUGAAGGAGACUGGAGCAAAACUCUGCUUGACUGAACAGGACUUUUAUAAUAGAUGAGUUUGCAGCUAUGCAAUAUGAUAAAACAUGGGGAAUUUUUAAAGAUCGUCACUUUUAAAGUCCAGUAUCCAUAUGUUAAACAUUCCAUAUUUAGAAUGUGUCCAUUUUAUACUAGGGUUUAGGAGAAGUCGUUGGCUCUCAUAAUUAAUCAGCUGUUUAUUUUAAAGUACAGGAGUCACAUAGCUGCUCUAUAAAAAUAGCACAGAAAUGAAAUGUCUGCCUGUUUAAACAUUUUAAAGGUGAUGAUUCUGUACAUCAAGUACUCCAUAUGACUCCAGUGGCAUUGUUAGAUUUUUAUUUUUUAAUCACAUGAAGACACAACUAUCAUUGCAAACCUUUACUUCUGAAAUGCUAUCUUAUAUUUUCCUGUGCAUUACACAAGCUUUCUGCACGUAGUUGCCUUAGUCAUCUUCCUGCAGUAGCAUCUGGACAUCAGAGGUCCUGCUAUAUAUUGUAGGUACAGAAAAUUUGGAGAAGACAGUGCCUAAAAGUACAUAUACAUCCUUCUGGAAAGUAUGUGUAAGGGCAUGAUUUUUGUGCACCUUUUUUACAAAUGUGCUCUUGUUUUUAUUUAAUGACUUGAGUUCAUGCUUUUAAUAUAAGUAUUUUGGCAGUUAUGAGCUUUAUACCUAG